AUGGCGAGCACGACUACGCAGAACGGGACGUGCCAGAUCUGGUCGCUGAAGGACAUCCGAAGCCAUGAGAGCUUCAAUGGCGGCCAGGAUGAGUUCGAGAGUUUCUUUUUCACCUUGGAGGCAGAGGUGACCGAGAUGCGGUGGAAGUCACUUUAUGACGCUGCAGUGGGCCACGCGGGUCCGAUAGCUGCAGAGGACAUCCAGAACGCUGAGACGCUGGAGUUGAGCAGGAACUUGAGCACGUUCCUGGCGAUGAAGAUGCGCGGGAAAGCGCAGACGAUGACUAAGUUGGCUGGUGCUGGCAAUGGGUUCGAGGCUCUUCGGCAGAUCUAUGCGGACUACCGCCCGAGUGGCGGCACUUCGGAGCACAGCCUGCUGACGACGAUCGUGCAGCCAAAGUGGUGGACGAGUGAUGAUCACUCGAGGCGAAGCUUCGCGGAGGUGCUGCACGACUGGGAUCAUCUCGUCAUGCAGUAUGAGUUGGCGAGCCAUGACACGAUCAGCGACAGGCUCAAGUGUGCGACCAUCCUGGGCUAUGCGCCGCUGCCAAUCAGGAAGGUGCUCGACGGAGCCAGCCAGGAGGUCAGAGAGAACUAUGCGGUGAUGCGGACAAGAAUUCGCGAGCACUGCAUGGAGAGAAAUGCCAAGGCUUUCGCCCCCAGGCCACCCGGGGCAGGAGGAGGAGGCCAGGCGCCGAUGCAGGUGGAUGCGGUCGGCCAGGUUGACGCGAUCGGGUUCGACAAGCCGCGCUGCAACCUCUGCGAGAAGCUCGGCCGCGCGGCCGACAAGUGCUGGUUCAAGGGCAAGGGUGGCGCCAAGGGCGACUCCAAGGGUGGCAAGGGCGAUGGCGGCAAGGGCGGAUCGAAGGGCGGGCGCGGCGGCAACGCGCCUUCGAGUGACAAAGACAAGACGCGCCACUACUGCAAGAAGAAAGGCCACAUCAAGAUCAACUGCUUCAAGUUCAAGAAAGACCAGGAGGACAGGAAAAAGGGCGCUGUCAGCGUCGUCGAGAAGGGGGCCGCCGAGGUCAACGCGAUGGUCGUGCCCAGCGAAGACGACUCUGACGAGUGCGGCUUCUGCAUGGCGCUGGAGAGCGACUACGUCGACCACGACUCGGACGAGCACCAGGUGGACAUCGUCGACCACGACUCAGACGGGCACCAGGUGGACUACGUCGACCACGAGUCGAGCGGGCACCAGGUGGGCUACGACGGCUACGAGAGCGUCGGAGACCAGCUGGAGGACGAGUUCGCGCGCCACGCCUGCGACGACACGAUCAUCAUGGCCAUCGGCGACGGGGCCAAGCUCAAGGAGUACGACGUUGGCGACUUUCUGAUGCUGGAUGGUGGCGCUGACGAGCACUGUGCACGACGAAGCUUUGCGAGACAUAGUGCAGUGGAGCCUGCGUCGACCAAGCUGAUCGCCGCCCAGAAGCAGAAUAUCUCCCUUGAUGGUGAGGCCAUGGUUCCCUUCACGAUGGGGGGUCGAGUGGUUUGCAAGGCCAACUUCAAGGUCGGCCCCUUCGCUCGGAACCUACUCAGCACUGGCAGAGUCUAUGAUGCAGGUUUUGACGUGGUCUACUCGCACAGUGACGGGUGCUACGUUGGUUUCUGCAAGCCUGACGGGAGGUAUGUCAAGAUCCCGAUGGUGCGGAGGAAGAACGCGUUCGGGGUCCCUGCCAGCGUGCGCAGGGAUCUCGAGGACGCCAAGGAUGUGGCCAAGGAGACCAAGCGGUUGCUAGGCCGCUAUUCCGACCAGCGGUCGGGCAUCGUCGCCGCCAACGAGGACGCGGUGAUGAAGGGCGAGGGGGCCGUCCAGGCUGAUGGAGCUGCAGCGCCUGUGCCCAUGGCAGAGGGUGCUGGGGACCCUGAGGGGGCAGAGCUCGGGCCAGGUUCUCGAGUCGACCUGCUCCGACAGCGCUUGAAGGAGUUCGGAGCCGCGGUCUACGGCACGAAGGAGCAGCUGUGGACGAGGCCCAAGCAUGCUGAGCUCAAGCGCAAGCAGGACUUUGACUUCAAGAAGACAGUCGAGGAGCGUUACCAACAGCAAGUGGACGGCCAGCCUGUGACAGAGGCCAAGGUCGUCGAGGCUCCCUAUGCUCCAACGGAGGUUGAGAAGGAGCAACACGAGGCUGCUGGUCACGCGGUGUUCAAGAAGUGGUGCCCUGCGCGUGCGUUCGGACUGGGGCCGGAGGACCCGCGCGUCAAGCAGCCCGUGUACGGCAGCAAUGUCAGAGAGGAGCUGAUUUUCCUCGACUGGGCCUUCAACGGCACUAAGGACACGGACAAUCUCUGCGACGAGGCCGACAAGGGUCUCGGGACAUCUCUUGUGGCUGCAGAUCGCAGCGCUGGUCUGCUCCACGGCAACGCGCUGGGGAGCAAGGCCGCAGACGAUCACGCCGUGAAGCAGCUCAUGAGGUUCAUGAAGCAGCUCGCGUACCAGAAGCCAGAUCUCAGGUGCGACACGGAGCCUGCGGUGAAGGCUCUCCAGGACAAGGUCGUGAACGCGAGGAACGAGGAUAACCUGGAGACCAGCGUUUCGCAGGGUCGCACGCGAGACAGCAAGUCGAUGGGCUUCAUCGAGACGCGGAUCCUCUGGUGGCGAGGCCGCUUGAAGGCCAAUAGGGUGCAGGUGGAGAUGAACUACGGUAUCAAGCUCACGCCGCACUCCCCGCUCUGGCCGUUCCUCGCCCACCAUGCUGCAAACGUGACGAACUGGUGCUCGCGAGGUGCUGACGGCUAUACGGCUCACUUCGCUGUCUACGGCGUGAAUUACACUGGAGCAGUGGUUCCCUUUGCUGAGGCGGUGAUGGCAAGGGUUCCAGUCAGCAAGACGGGCCAGCGACGUUCGAUGGGAGGUUUGGUUCCCAGGCUGACCAAGGCGGACACUGCCUGGGUCAAGGGGAUCCGGGUCGGCAAGACGACCAACAACGACGAGCACAUCAUCCUGGCGAUUGCUUGCAAGGUAACCUGCAGGACCGUCCACAGGAUGCCCAUGGGACAGCCCCGCGACAAGGAGCUCCUCCUGAAGGUCCGCGGCGAGCCCUGGAGGGAGAAGGUCGCGCACAUGCCUCGGUUCCUCGUCAUGGACGGCGGCAGGGGCGAGGUCGCGCCGACGCCGCUGGAGGCCGUGGGCACGGAGGCCAAGAGGGGGCGCUACGAGGACCCGAUCGUCGGGGCCAUCGAGGGCACCAGCGAGGCGCUGGACUACAAGGCCCUCCUGACGGCCAAGGAGCUCACGCACUGGGACAGCAGCGGCUUCCCCCAGGAGGAGGCGGCUGAGGCGCUCGACAAGGGCUUGAAGCUCUGCGAUGAGUUCGGCAUCUACUCAGUUCAUCCUCGAGCGGCCUCCGACGGCAAGAAGAAGGUUGAUACCAAGCGGGAGAAGAAGGACCGAGCUGGGGAUCUUAAGUACAGAUUGGUGGGCAGGGAGUUUGCAUGGCUCGAGGGGCGUGAUGGUCUCUUCGCUCCUGGGUCGACGUCCCUGACCAGCCGCAUCAUUGAUUUCCUCAGCCAGAAGGACGAUGAUGAUCCAGAUGAUCGGCUGGUGGCUGCGGUUGGCGAUGUCUCGAGUGCGUACUAUCAGGUUCCUGAGAAGGAGGAGUUCUACUGCGGCCCGCCCCUGAGUGGCUAG